AUUAACAGCAAAAAGCGGCAAACCAAGAAGAAGAAAUAUCCAACAAGAGGAAGACCCCAACAAAAAAUAAAUACUAUUGAAUUAAAUUACUGCGAAAAAAUUGAGCACACACAAAAUAAAAAUGUCCUCAACAUCGGCGGCUGCAACAUCAAAUGCAGCGCCGAUCCCAAAAACCGAGGUGCGCUACGUCACUGAGGUACCCAGCAGCCUGAAGCAAUUGGCCCGUUUGGUGGUGCGCGGUUUUUACUCCCAGGAGGAUGCCUUAAUCAUUGAUAUGCUGGUGCGCAAUCCCUGCAUGAAGGAGGACGAUAUCGGUGAACUGCUUCGAUUCGAGAAGAAACAGCUGCGGGCACGAAUCACAACGUUGCGCACCGACAAGUUCAUCCAGAUCAGGCUCAAAAUGGAAACGGGACCCGAUGGCAAAGCGCAAAAGGUCAACUAUUAUUUCAUCAAUUACAAAACGUUUGUGAAUGUGGUCAAAUACAAGUUGGAUCUGAUGCGCAAGCGCAUGGAGACGGAGGAGCGGGAUGCGACGAGUCGUGCGAGUUUCAAGUGUUCGGCAUGCGGCAAAACGUUUACGGACCUGGAGGCCGAUCAACUGUUCGAUGUGGCCACAUGCGAGUUCCGUUGCACGUAUUGCGGCAGCUCCGUGGAGGAGGACAGCGCUGCGAUGCCCAAGAAGGACUCACGCCUCAUGCUCGCCCACUUCAAUGAGCAACUGCAGCCGCUGUACGAUCUGCUCCGUGAAGUGGAGGGCAUUAAGCUGGCGCCUGAGGUGCUCGAACCAGAACCGGUGGACAUUGAUACAAUACGUGGCCUGACCAAACCGAAUGCGUUGCGUCCGGACGGCAUGCAAUGGUCGGGCGAGGCAACACGGAAUCAGGGAUUCGCCGUCGAGGAGGCACGUGUUGAUGUCACCAUUGGCGGCGAUGAAGAUAGCUCCGAUGCGUUAAUCGAGCGUAAAUCUCGUCCCAUUUGGAUGACGGAGAGCACUGUGAUAACGGAUGGAGAUGCGGGCGAUGGCAGCGCCACAAAUGAUGGGGAUAGGCCAGCAGGCGGUGGCACCUCGGGCGGUGGGCAUCGCAAUCGGAAGGAAAACGAGGAUAUUAUGUCCGUGCUGCUGCAGCACGAGAAGCAGCCCGGGCAGAAGGAGGCGCAUUUGAAGGGCAUGCGCAAGGGCUCCUCGAAUGCCAACUCCAGUGAUUCCAGCGACGAUGAGAACGACAUCGACAACACAAAGAUUCCGAAUGUCAAUUUUGAUAAUUAUAUCAACUCGGAGUCGGAGGAGGAGGAUGACGAUGUGCCCACUGUGCUGGUGGCUGGGCGACCACAUCCCCUGGAUCAGUUGGAUGACAAACUGAUUGCCCAGAUGACGCCACAGGAGAAGGAGAACUAUAUUCAUGUCUAUCAGCAGCACUAUAGCCAUAUAUACGACUGAUUCUCCUGCUCAAUUGUUAGGCAUUAAGUUUAGUCUCAUUCUUAGUUUAAGUUGCACAUUAAAUGGAUAUGC